AUGGCUGCCCUGAGCCUCAUCCUUGAAGAGCGAAAACGGCAAAGUGGCCAGGCCCAAAGGGAAUCGUUUUCCUCAAAGGUUCGCUUGGUGGCAGACCCUACGACUUCCGUGGCUGACUUGGCCAAAGUUUUCCGGCAGUACUUGGAGCACCACAAAAGCGAGGAUCUGUGGGCACUCAUAUGCCCGCCGCCCUCUGGGCCACAUUCGUACUCAUGGCAGACGUCUCCCCAGCCUCAGUGGCUGGCCAAAACGGCUGGCCUCUUGUACGACCUCUUGGUACUUGCCCCGAAUUCGAAGCUUGCCUCGAAGAAAGUGCUGUCGAGCUUGGACCUCUUGUACAAGAGCAAGGUUCUGUGGUUGCCACCUAACAGGCAACCCCAGGCGACCAUGGACAGGCUUGACACAACAGUGAGAAUCCUCUUGGCCAUGUUGAGGUCCCUGAAGAUGAACGAGGAGUUGAGAUCGAAGUGCUGGCGACUCUUGGGGAGGGAAGAGCAGGUCAUGCUUGAAAUCGCGCUCGACAAGCUCCAGCUGCCUCCUGGGUACUGCGCUGAGAGCCAGAUCAAAGGCGGGGAGGAGGACAGUGGUCAGGAAAUCCAGGCGGCGCCAAUACCUGGUGACCUCGUCAUUUUUCAGCCCAUGAAAACUUCAAGCUCCUGGUCUUUGAAGACACCGCCUUCGAUCUUUGCGAAGAUCCUUGCCAUGGACGUGGAGAAGCCCAGCAGCCAUGACUUGUCGGAGAAUGCGUUACUUGCGGACGCCGGCGCCUUUGUUCCCGAGGUGUCAAAGUCAGAGAAGAAGAAAAAGAAACUGACUGAGAAGAAGAAAAGCAAGACACUGAAGGUGGUUAAGAAGGAGAAGACGGAGAGUAAAACCAAAGACAUGGCCAAGAAGAAUGCCCGCAACAAGGCUUCCCCAAAGAAGCCCAGCAAGGAACAGGGUUUGCUGACCUUGGCUGAGAUUCCCGAGGACGUGUCCAGUUUCAAAUUUGAGUGCCCAACCUAUGGAAGUUGCAAGCUCGAGAUGUACUCGGAGAAAUCCUACAUCCGCCAAUGGAAUCAGUCUGACAAGAAGUGGCGCUUGAUCAUUGGCAGCUGCGACAAGACCUACCACCGGCAGCUGUGCCGCCGGUUGGUGCCGGAGGUGCAGCGAGGCAAGAACGCCGCUGACUUGAAGAUGAUUCGGGAGAAGUUCUUGGACGACCUGAAAGAUGUUGACUGA